UACCGUGAAAAUUUCAUCAGUUUUCUAACCGAUCAACGGUAACAGGAUGAACAUGGAUAUUCAAAAUAUAACCGCAAGUGGAAAUGUCUCUGCUAUCCUGCCUGCCCCAUACAGUCUGUUGGAAGUCAUAACCAUUGCAACAGUAUCAGCAGUCGUGAGUCUCGUCACAGUAGUGGGGAAUGUACUGGUGAUGCUCUCUUUUAAGGUCAACAGCCAACUUAAGACUGUUAACAACUACUACUUACUCAGUUUAGCUUUUGCAGACCUCAUUAUUGGUGUGUUCUCAAUGAACCUGUACACAUCCUACAUUCUCAUGGGAUACUGGUCUUUAGGAAAUAUAGCAUGUGAUCUGUGGUUGGCACUUGACUAUGUUGCAAGUAACGCAUCAGUGAUGAACUUGCUGGUCAUCAGCUUUGACAGAUAUUUUUCUAUUACAAGACCACUUACCUACAGGGCUAAACGGACCCCGAAACGUGCAGGCAUCAUGAUUGGCUUGGCAUGGUUGGUCUCGUUUAUAUUGUGGGCUCCACCCAUUCUGUGCUGGCAGUACUUUGUUGGAGAGAGAACGGUUCCUCCUGACCAAUGCCAGAUCCAGUUUUUCUCAGAACCCAUAAUUACAUUUGGUACAGCCAUAGCGGCCUUUUAUGUACCGGUAUCCAUCAUGACAAUCUUAUAUUGCAAAAUCUACAAAGAAACAGAAAAACGUACUAAGAACUUAGCAGAACUCCAAGGAUACCCAUCGCUGGACAGCCAUGAAGACCCUAAAGUACGAAAGCCAAUACUACGAUGCUUUAGCUUUAAAAGCAAGAGGGACGGGACUCAAGCAUCAUGGUCUUCGUCCAACCAGAGUUAUGUAACUAGGACAACAUUGCAGUCUGAAGACUUGUGGACAAAAUCAGAGCAGGUCACCACCCUGAACAGUUACACAUCAUCAGAGGAUGUCUCUGAAACAACCCCACGUGAAUCAUUCAAGAACCAAGAAUCGACAGUCAAUAAAAAUGGACAGCUGGUCUGUUAUGAAGACAGCAAAUACCUAAGUGAUCUUGCAAAAUGCUCCCAGACAAACAAUAAAAAAUGUAUGUCAUACAAGUUCAAGCCGAUCCUUAGCGACAUCACUGCUUUGCAAGGUAGUACCGAAGCCGACAGAACAAACACAGAUCAUUGCCAGUCCUCAGAGCCACAGGCUCCUUCAUCCACAUCCACUUCUACCAAACCAGAAGAUCCAAACUUGAAGAUCCAAAUGACCAAGCGGAAACGAAUGGUCCUUAUCAAGGAGAAAAAGGCUGCUCAGACUCUCAGUGCCAUUCUUCUGGCGUUCCUCCUUACCUGGACCCCAUACAACAUCAUGGUGCUCAUCUCCACCUUCUGUUCUGAAUGCAUCCCAGUGUCCCUCUGGCAUCUGGGCUACUGGCUCUGCUAUGUCAACAGCACCAUCAACCCCAUGUGUUAUGCCCUAUGCAACAAGACCUUCCAGAAGACCUUUCGGAUGUUAGUCCUCUGCAAGUGGAAGAAGAACAGAGGAGAGGAGAAACUGUAUUGGUGUGGACAAAACCAUUAAGUAACAGCAGAAAUGGAAGAUUGUAGAGCAUGAUGAAUGAGCAAGAACAAUUGUUAUAUUAAAUGGGCAUUAAAAUUACAUUUUAAUUUAUGUUGUGCAUACAGUUCCCCAGAUCAUAUU